AUGCCGCCGAAAAAGGCCCCCAGCGAAGCACCGCCCGAUGCCCUGGCCAGCACCGCAGCCACCCUGGACGAGGGCCCUCUGCGCACCCCGUGGUACUAUUUCCAGGGGAGGACUUCCACCCCGAUACCCGCUGCUCCCAUCCCGCAGAUAUCGGCCGCGAGGCAACGGGCCGCCGCCCAUGACCAUGCGCUCGACGUCGAUGCCCUGCUGGAGCAGCACCCGCGCCAGGACGGGCUGCUCCAGCAGCAGACGGUGCUCUACCUCGCAUACGGCUCCAACAUGAGCUCCGAGACGUUCCGCAACACCCGUCGCAUCGUGCCGCUGGCCCAGAUCAACGUCUGCGUGCCGGAUCUGUCGCUCACCUUUGACCUGCCCGGCAUUCCCUACCUCGAGCCCUGUUUCGCCGGGACCCAGUACCGAGAUCCCCAGACCGGCCAGCCCCUGUAUCCCCACGGCCAUUUUGCACCGCACACUGAUCCCUCGCGCGACGACCGCGACGGCGACGACAAAGGCUCGCUGCUGCGCUCCGACGACUCGGCCCUCGACGACACCAACGUCUGGCGCGGCCCGCUCGUCGGCGUCGUCUACGAAGUCACCCUGGCGGACUACGCGCGCAUUAUCGCCACAGAAGGCGGCGGCGCCUCGUACAUCGACGUCGCCAUAGACUGCUAUCCCUUUCCCCCCGAUUACGAUCCCUCGCAGCCCGUCCCCGCCCGCCCGUCCACAGCCCCCUUCCGCGCCCACACCCUGCUCUCGCCCGCCAACAACCCCAAGCGCAAUGCCGGCGCCGGGACCUCCCACCGGGCCCGCCAUCCCACGUACUCCCAGCCCUCGCCGCGCUAUAAAUCCCUCCUCGUCAGCGGCGCAAAGGAGCAUAACCUGCCAGUCGCGUAUCGCACCUAUCUCGCCUCCCUCCACGCAUAUCGGAUCACCUCCCUCAGACAGCGCGUGGGGCAGAUACUGCUGUCCCUGCUGUGGUUGGUCCCCUUGCUCACCACCAUGUCGCUCGGGAGGACCUUGAGCGACGAGAAAGGAAAGGCACCGUGGUGGCUGGCCAAACUGCAAAAUGCGACAUUCGAAGGACUCUGGUGGAGCUAUGAUCUAAUCUUUCGACCUCUGUUUGGCGAUGGAGAGAGGACCGCGGGGACGUAG